UUCACUUCAGUAGGGAGACCAGUGAGAGGGAGAUCGAAGGAGAGAGAGGAACGAUCGCGAUUCAACUCCAGAGAAUUGCAUGGAUGGAGCUGAUAAUGCAGUCACUGCAUGGAUUUUCAAAAUUGUGCAAGGAAGCUACAUUUGUUUUCCAUUUAGAGGAGUUGUCUCUGUGUUCUAGAUACCAUUUAUCAUUUUGUUCUUGCUCAUAUGCAUGUUUGAAUAUAAAGUUGACCCCUACCUUACCCCCCCCAUAAAAAAAGAAAAAAUUAAAAAUAAACAGAAAACUCAUGAGCUUUUGUGCUAGGUCUGAAAUUAGCUUUUUAGUAACUGAUAGAUUUGUAUUCCCUUUUGUUGUAUUCAGGAGUAUCUACUCCCAGAUUCAGGAGAAGUUGAACCAGCACGUGAUUUUCUUUAUUGAGCUCCAGAGGCGAUGGAGAAUGAAGAGGGGCUUCAAGCAGAUGGUGAAUCAGAUCCUAAAGCACCCAUUCCAGUAUCUGAAGUUGAUGCUUGGGAAAACAUCAGGGAUGAUGAUAUCAUGCAACAACAGUCUGCGAUUCGGGCCGAGGAAGCUGAGAAAGUUCCCUUCAUCGGUGACAAGGAACCUCUUUCUGUAUUAGCAGCUGAAUAUGAGUCAGGCAGCCCCAUCUUGCUGAAGAAAAUAAAGGUGCUUGGUGAAAAAUAUGGCUCUAUCAGGCGAACUAGGGGAGAUGGGAACUGCUUUUUUCGAGGCUUUAUGUUUUCAUACCUUGAGCAUAUUCUGGAGUCACAAGACCAAGCAGAAGUUGAUCGCGUCACAACUAAUGUUGAAAAAUGCAGAGAGACACUUCAAGCUCUAGGUUAUGCAGACUUUACUUUUGAGGACUUUUUUGCGUUAUUCCUUGAGCAGCUGGAAAGUGUUGUCCAAGGAAAGGAGACUUCCAUAAGUCAUGAUGAGCUUGUAAUAAGGAGUCGAGAUCAGUCCAUAUCCGACUAUAUUGUAAUGUUCUUCAGAUUUGUAACCUCUGGUGAAAUAAAACGACGCUCAGAGUUUUUUGAACCCUUCAUAUUGGGAAUGACAAAUGCUACAGCUACAGUGGAGCAGUUUUGCAAGUCAUCAGUGGAACCAAUGGGCGAAGAGAGCGACCAUGUGCACAUUAUUGCAUUGUCUGAUGCACUGGGUGUGCCAAUCCGUGUUGUGUACCUGGACCGGAGCACUUAUGAUAUUGAUCAUGUCAUCGUAAAUCAUCAUGAUUUCAUUCCCUCUGCUGGUGAUCUUCCCAGUGCAGGUGGUGGGAGCUCUGAAACCACCAAGCCCAUUGUGACUUUGCUAUACCGACCAGGCCACUAUGAUAUUCUUUACCUUAAGUGAAGUUCACCUGUUCUGGACAUCAAGUUCUGUGAGGUGAAGACUCGAGCUCUUUCAUGCCCUUCAUGCUGUAACUUGUGGUCCCGAGUGUUGAUAUGCUUCUGAGCUGUGUGAGUGAGGACAGAUGAUGACCUGGUAAAGUUUUUUUGCUUUAAAUGGAGGAUGACAUAACAAUUAGCGUGUCUUUACAUGGUCUUCAUUCAUCUGGAUGAACUUUUAUUGCUAAAAAUGAAAACUGUAGAUUCUGCAAUCAAAUUCAAGGUCUAAACUUCCAAUCUGAA